AUGAGUUGUGCAGCAGUCCUUGUUGCCCCAUUUCCAUCUCCAACUCCUCGUCUUUCCUUCAACUCUGCCGGUGCAGUGGAAGAGAAACCCAUUCAAAAUGGGUAUAAGUGGCGGUUGGUUUUGGCCUAUGAUGGAACCAGGUAUGCAGGUUGGCAAUAUCAAGAGUCUCCCCCUACUGUACAACACGCAGUCGAAAAAGCUUUAAUUCAAACAACAAAGCUUCAAAGGAAGGAUCUUCAGUUAGUUGGUGCAAGCAGAACUGAUGCAGGAGUUCAUGCCUGGGGUCAGGUUGCACAUUUUAUUACACCGUUUAAUUACGAAAACUUGGAUAGAGUUCACGCGGCUUUGAAUGGUCUUCUUCCUUCCGAUAUCCGACUUAGAGAGAUCAGCCCUGCAUCCGCUGAAUUCCAUGCUCGCUUUUCUGUAAAAACGUUGCUAUGA